AUGGGAAAAUUAAAAAAAGGCAGAAGAAACCAGAGGGGAAGACAUAACCCUGUGGCACGCAAAAAUGGCGGCUCAAAGCAGGACACCAAGGAUGAGAAUACUCGUCAGAACAAAAUUGUUCCUCUUAUUGCUAAAUUGGCUUCGGCUGCACCAAACGACAGAUCCAUGGCCUUGAGCGCCAUCACUGUGCUUGCCGAGGAUACCAGAAUGAGAAGAAUGCUCUUGAAAGAGCGUCUUGUUGCUACUGUAAUGGAGCAGUGUCUCAAUGACUCCAACGACGAGAUUGUGGUAGAGGCCUUCGGAUUACUUAGAAACUUGACAAUAGAAGAGGGCCAUGAAGUGGCCAAAUUUUUGUGGAGAUCUAAUAUUUGGGCUGCUAUCGAGAGCGGUCUUCAAAAGAUUCAGGGCUCUUUUGAGUACAUGAACGGAGAAAACAAGAAGUUGGAAAAGAAGAGAGCAUACUUACUCUAUGAUUUCACUGAGAAUAUGCUUUCGUUGGUGGUUGCCAUUGCCAGCUGCUCCGAUGAGCUCUAUGAAAACGUCUACUCGAGGAUUGAACUGGUGGUGAAAUUGGUGGUGGAUCUUCUUAAAUGGAACAGCCCCAAGCUUCGCACAACCACCAAGUUGUACAAUGCCUUAUUGGAAUUCAUCUAUGAAUUCGCUUCUGACUCGGCUGACUUCAUCAACGAAUUGGUCCAGUACCCUGCAUUUUCGUUGAACGAGUUGCAAGAGGCUAUCAACACACCACCUCAUGAGAAGAAUCUUUUAGGUAAGGUUUACGUUCAAGGCAUCCAGUUCCAUUUGUAUGAAGUGCAAGGAAAUUCUGAAAAACAAUCUUUCUGUGGAGACAUUCUUAAGAACACAUUUGCAGCCAUCACUACUGCCAACAUUGAAGAAAUCAACGACUUGUUGGCUACUCCCGACAACGCCCAAGCACCUGUGACAAAACUCAAGGAAGCUGAGAAGAAUGAUGAGAAGCCUCAAAAUAUUGACGUUCCAUUUGGUGGAGAUUCACUUGAAAAAUCCCAGGCCAAGUCGGAUCUUCAAGCUAUUGAUGUCGCAAUUGAUAUUUUCACCACCAUUUGUGAGUAUCUUGCCAUAAACGAGCAAAAUUUGCUGGCUCCUGUCAGGCUCAGCGAGGAAAUUCUCGAUACACUCUUAAAUCUUUCAUAUCCAGCUUUGUUACACCUUUUGACCUAUGACCAGGAGCACAGCCAAUCGUUGCAGAUCUCUCAAAAGGUGUUAAUCGCUCUUAACAAUUUGUGCUGGCUCUUCUUGUCCAGCGAAACUAUUCCAGUGGCAUGGUUCGAGCGUAUCCCUCAGUUGUGGGACAUGUUAGAAAAGGCUUCACAAACUGACAACUUGGACACCCUGAAACUCUGUUUGAGUGUAUUUUGGGCCCUCAGCAAGACUGUUGGUGCUGAGAUCAGAGAUAAGAUCUCUUCUGAUUCUGUCAAUGCCCUUUUGUCGAAAUGUGGAGAGAUUUUGUCGCAGAUCCCUGAAAGUGAAGAGCACUUGACUUCUUUGGAGUUUAUCCUCUCUGCUGCAGGUUUCUUGGGAACCAUCGCUCAGACAAUAGGAAAUGCUGAAAUCACCAGAAGUAUAUCCGAGUUUUUACUUGCACAAAUUGGACACUUUGCCCAAGAGCAAAACAACGGAAAAGACCCUAAAGCCAUUGAGAUUGCACUUGAAAGUUUGAAUUUAAUUUAUGACAUAUUUGGUGAUGCUGAAUUCGAAUAUGACUACCCCGUAUUUGUGGAGGGUGACUACAUCUCCAGAUUGACGCAAUUGGAGCCACAAAUCAAGGUAUGUUAUAAGCAGAUUGACAAGAAAAAGAAUUCUGAGCUCAAGUUGAGAGCAGAGGAGACAUGGACCAACUUGAACAGGUUCAUCGAAUACAAAAAGAGCGAGAGAAGCUAA